UGCUAAUUUCUGACAAGUCCCUUAUGAUGAUUCUUUGAUCGGCGGUUGGGUUACUGAUCCCUCAGCAAUGGUACUAUGAAAAUCAAUCAAAGAAACAUAUUGCAUUGUUAACCCAGUACAAGAAAAGUAUUGUGAAAAGAACCUUAAGUCAUAACAACAUCCAAUAUGUUUUUGGUUGAAAAAACUCUGUGUAUGCCUACUGAAACUUUUUUUUUCUACAUGUCAACUGUUUGCUUAUUAUCCAAUCAUCUUUUGCCUUAACAAAUAGAAAGUCUUUCACCUGUACUUUUCAGAGUCAAAAAGAUUAAAACUGACCAGUAUGUUUAUUAACAAGUAAUCCUACAAAUUAAUUAACUAUUAGAAAUGAUUCAGAUAAAAUUUAAUGCCUAACCAGCCACCAGAUAGAAAUCCUGAACAUCCUUGUUAUUAACUGAAAGUGGAGAUGUGACACAGCUCAGUCUUUUUCUAUGUAAGAACAUGUUCUAUACACUGUAAUAACAUCAGGCAAUUACAAUGCAGUGAAGUAGAAAGGAAAAGGCUUCAGUCAUCUUGUAGUUUUCUGUAAGCACUAUCUCUCAGAGUUGAACACAGAAGGUAACUCUUGUGUGCUUAAAGACUUGUAAUUGUUUAGUUUAUCCUGGUUCUAAAAGGUGACGGAGACAGAAUUUCUCCUUACCAUAUCAAUACAAUAUCAUGAUGAUCAAGCAGACAAGUGAUGAGAAUAAAGAAAAUUAUCAAUUAGGGGAUCAUUUUUUGAACUAAUAUCAAAUUCUCUAAACCAAUAUCAUAGAAAUUGUAUGGCAGACAGUAAGGAGAAUUACCAAUGAGAUCUUGGAGGUGAAUGGGUAAACCUUGAGGAUUUCAUAAAGUUCCCCUAAUCUGUCUGCCUGCUGGUAUCCAUGUGUACUUCAGGGCAGAGAAAAGCCUGAAUAAUUAUGGAUGCUAUGUUUUGCUUUUACCAAUGCCACCUCAUUUGACAAGGGCAUGUAAUCUUUAUUCUGUCUCUGGUGAUAUUAUUCUUUAUUAUUCACUAGGGCAUUGCCACUAAUGAAUGUUGUCACAGUAGAUCUGAGACUUUUUGCCAUGCAGGUACAACUGUUUAAAAUAUGUAGUGUUUAGAAGGAAUUUUUUCACUUCAAUUCUUAAUUAGGUAUUUAGUUCCAAAGAAUAUGUCUCUAUAUUCAAAAAGAAUCUCUGACUUCAGGAUUUGAUUGUAUUUACAGUUUUACUGGUUAAAAGGUAAUUUUUAUCUUAAAAAAAAAAGCUGAAACAACUUUUUCAGAUCUGUUUCAUUGUCAGUGACUUUUAAUUAUCCAUAUACCACUUUAACCACUCACUAGGCCCAUGUUUUCAGCUUACAGAAAAUAAUAUAUGAGUAUGGGGCUUGAUGGCAUAAGUGAUGCCAAACCAUGUCUUUCAAAAGUUAUCGUGUUUUGUCAUUUUAAAAAUAAUUAAUAAUAUUGGAAUUAUAAUUGAUGAUUUUGACAAGCAAAGGAGCAGCAAGUAAGAAGGGGACAGGGCAAACCUGGAGAAAUGUUGGAGAAGGCGGCAGAAGUAAUGAUGGGGUGUUUCAGGGUCUGUGCAAGUGAUAGGUAAGUUCACUGAGCUUGUCAGCUCUCAUAGUUGUUUUGUUCUCGGGACUGUAUGGCUUAUCUGCGAUAUUGCAAUACUGUUAAAGUCAUUUAUUAUGACAUCAGAAUGCGUGAGAAAUAUCAUUACACAAUGUAUGACACUGGACGAACGUGCUGGACCACGAAACAAUCAAGCUAUUAUUUGAAAGGCGUGUACGUUCUUUAUCUUUUUUAAUCGAAUUUUGCCGUCAAAACAUCAAACAACAUCGUAUAUUCAGAAGUGUUGUUCUUUUUUGUCCUAUUUAUGAUUCUUAGUGGGAGUGGUGAACGUAUCGGGUCGUUUCGCUUCUUGUUUUAAACAUUCGGAAUAGAGUAUCCAUCGCAUGCUAAAACUGCACCUAAAACAACCAACCAAUUAAUUUUCAAAAUACGUGUUCGGUUUAAGUUACCCCAGGGUAAUGAGACAAAGUCCGAGAGAAACGAAUCACUCUUUAUGAAUACACCUUAGUGCCAAACGGCUAUUGUGAAAUAUCAUUAGGGGGUGGGUGCCUAUUCGAGGAAGGAGGCUUAUUAAAACCUGGGCACUAAUUAGUUAGGAUAUGUGGGGAAAAAACCAUAAGAAAGUGCGAUCUGGAACAAGACAUCCAAGAAUAAGCAAUUGUGAGACAAAAACAAGAUUACUUUUCAAAUAUGCUUUAUGUAAAUGCUUUACGUAAUUUCCACCAGAGUCAGCGAAACUUGCCCUUCCAAAACAAACACUCUAGUUCUUUCUCAAUGCCAUUCUUAGUGUGCGUCAAUGUUGGGUUGAUUACUUUGCAACAUUUACUUUGCAGCACCCAAAUUCCAUGACAUGACUGACAUGAAAGACAAUACCCUCACACGAAAGGCAAGUAAAUUUUUAAUCUAGUUUACCCAGGGCGAUGAGAAAACAUCUGAGAGGCCAUUCAUUGCUAGUUUUUAAAUGUAAAUUGCCUUGCUGUUAUGCUAACUAGAUACUGGUCUCUAUCACAACAAGGUCACCUUCAGCCUCACUCCAAAUCAAAGGCUUGGCAACCAAGUACAUAACUGUAAAAUGGUCUAUUGUCAGCCAAAGACUAUGAUAUUGAGUAGGCAGAUUAAUUCAAAGAUGUUCACUGGGAACGCAUUUAUGAAAGAAAUAGAUAGCUUGAUUUCAAAACUUUUAUCAAAAACAUUUAUCCGAAAAUAAUUUGGAUAAUAAAUUUUGUCGAAGGAGUAAUUUGCAACUUUCCAUUCUUAAAAAAAACGCUGCUCAGCCAUUGUUAUUUCUUAUUUUUAUUAUUAUUUACGUAUUCAGCGACCCUCACGAAUUCUCACGCACCAGGAUUUACCUUUACAUGCACCUGUUUCCAUUUUUCUAUUAUUUUAUCCAAGUUAAAUACAAGAUUUAGUCAGAGGUACGAGUUAAAAACAGAUUAAGCGUAUUUCUUUCAUAGUUAUAGGGCUAACACUCAAACGCCAAAAUGAAGGACUGGAAAGUUAUUAUUUCAUGAUUUUUGUCGGUGUAAUCGAUGUUGUGGGUUGUUUGCCACAAUAUUUCGUUCCGGUUAAUUUUGGCUCUCGUCGAAAUUUGAACAAGAAUGCUGUAUUUCAUUUGAAAAGGCUUUCUGCGAAUUAUCACAGAUUUAAUUUAAGAAAACAUAAACUAGCUUAUUGCAGUUGCUGCAUGAAAAUUUAGAUUGCUUACGGCCUACUGUUGCCUGAGUGAAAUUAUAAACUCUAAUCCUCGUAAAGAAACGAUUUAAUCCCUGAAACCAAGCAAGCGAAAAACUGAAUUAUAAAAUCUAACUUUGACUUCGAAUAUUCUAAUCAGUAAUCGCUUCAACUUUUAUCGUUAACCCUCAAACUCCCAAGAUGUGAUCUCAAUUCUACCCGCUAGCUACUACGCAUUUAAACUGAUUACGAGAAUUUGGUGUUCAAUCAAGCCAAUAAAUUGUACCUGAUGAGUUUGAGUAUUCUCACUACCUGUUUGUUGUGUAAUGUAUAGAUACUAUAGGGAGAGGUUACAUGGUAAUCACUUCUGAGAGUUAAGGGUUAAAUCCAGGUUAUGGUCACUUAGUCAGGUAUCAAGUCGCAAAAUGAUUAAAUACAUGUAUCCUGACUAUUACAUGUCUAACAUUACCAACUAACUUUUUCUGCGACAAACCAACACUGGACUAAUAUCACUUGAGAAAGCAGAGCUUAAAGUCUGUCGCAUUUGUUAAUAUAUGGCUUUAUCGUCGUUGUUUUGCAGGUUAAAAUCCCCAAGCAAGAAUCAAACAAGAGACUUUGAUCCAAGUUAAAUUCAAGAUUUAUUCAAAACAAUGUAGUGCAUUUCUUUCAGAGUCAGAGCUAAGAUUCAAACGCCAAAUUUGAGGACUGGAAAGUUAUUAUUUUCCUGAAUUUUGUCGGAGCAAUCAAUGUUAAAAGCUUGAAAAUACGUGCGCUUAACGAACGCAUGCGCCCUUUUUUCUUUAUUUAUUCUGUAAGUAACAUCUGUUAAAAUUUGGCGAAUUUUCCCGCCAAAAUACGUAUGCGCCAGCUUUUUUCUUUUAAAAAAUUCAAGUUUGUCGAUACACUAUUGAAUAAAGGGGGUAAGGUUCUAAAGAAACUGUGGUGCUGCGUCGGUGGAAGAGCAUAGCAGGUAAUUUAGUGUUAACAACUGAGUUGAAAACGUAAAUUAGCC